AUGUCUUCAAAGUCGAAAUUCACAUUGACAUAUUUCACAGUAAGGGGUAGAGGUGAGCUGAUACGGCUGCUGUUUCAUUAUGCUGGCAAAGAAUUUGAGGAUGUCCGGAUAGAAUGGAAAGAUUGGGCAGCUUUGAAGCCAGAUACCCCUUACUUGUCCCUCCCUAUAUUGGAACAUGGAGGUGUUACGAUAGGACAGAGUGUCAGCAUUGCUAGAUAUGUGGCCAAGGAACUAGGUCUUGCUGGUAAGACAACACUGGAACAAGCUCUUACAGAUGGGAUUAAUGACUCAAUAACAGACACAUUCAACGAAUUAACUAAACAUCACUUUGAACAAGAUGAAACAAAAAAGGAAGAACUGAAGUCUAAGUACAUGACGGAGACUCUCCCUAAGUGGUGUGAACUUAUUGAGAAGCAGUUAGAAACAAAAGUCAAUGGUGAUGGUACCUGGCUGGUAGGAGAUCAAAUAAGCUGGGCAGACAUUGGUGUGUUCAACUUUCUCAACUGUAUGGAGCUCAUGAAACUAGACAAUGGCUUCAGCCGAUACCCUAAUUUAAAUGCCCUUAAAGAAAGAGUACAGGCUUUAGAAGGAAUCAGCAAAUAUAUCAGCGAGCGACCAGAAUCUACCAUAUAAUGACAACAAGAAAACAUUUCCAGAAAAGAUUCCACAUACAUGUAGUAACAUAAUCAUAGUAGGAUAAUCUAAGUGAAAUCAUGGAGUUUUGCAUUGUUUUUUGAAUAUUCUAUAAAAAGAAAUAUGAAUCACUCCUCUUUUAUGAGGUGUGUAUUCGAAGCUUUAUAAGAGAAGAAAUAUUUAUGUAUUUAUGUCCCAUACAGCAAUAUUGUACAUGUGACAAGAUGAUUGUGAAGCAAUGAAUCUACAGAAAUAUAAUGGAUAAC